GUUGAGGUGUGACUUACUGGUAGAGUGCCUGCCUAGCACGUGUGAGGAACUGGGUUCCAUCCCGGUACAAGGAAAAAAGGCUCAAAGACCCAACUAUAACCAAACACACUUUGUUUGCACAUUGACAUUUGCUGAGCCAAGUAACAUCUUCUCCUUCUCAGACACUAACAUAAGUGCGCCAAAAUCAAUGAGAAGCAAAACUCCUGAACAAUGUUCAGCUCCAGGAACAUGGUGAGAAGUCAGAAGAGGACAGCGGAGAGAAGGAUUACAGAACUUCUCUCAAAAGAAUCUUCCUGAGUGUCCACCUGGUGGGAGCAAGUUCCUUCCACUUCAUUGUCUUAGAGUCAAACCAAACUCCUGGGCGGUGAGUACAGGCCCAUUAUGAUGCAGAGAACGCUGGGAGUCGGAGGCUGUCACUACGGCGGUGGGCACGCGGAGAGGCAGCUGCGGACGAUGGGCCCGAAGCAGUGCGCAGCCUCUAGGAGUCUUCUCCACUUAAGUGGGUUCCCGCCUAGGUCGCAGAGUCCAAGGACCCCUUUUGUUCUUCCUCCAUAUUGCUUAAUGGGAGGCAUUAUGGCCCCCAAAGAUAUAAUGACAAAUACUCAUGCUAAAUCCAUCCUCAACUCAAUGAACUCCCUCAGGAAGAGCAAUACCCUCUGUGAUGUGACGCUGAGAGUAGAACAGAAAGACUUCCCUGCCCAUCGGAUUGUGUUGGCUGCCUGCAGUGACUACUUCUGUGCCAUGUUCACUAGUGAGCUUUCAGAGAAGGGGAAACCUUAUGUUGAUAUUCAAGGUUUAACUGCCUCUACCAUGGAAAUCCUGUUGGACUUUGUGUACACAGAAACAGUACAUGUGACGGUGGAGAAUGUACAAGAACUGCUCCCUGCAGCCUGUCUGCUUCAGCUCAAAGGUGUGAAGCAAGCCUGCUGUGAGUUUUUAGAAAGUCAGCUGGACCCUUCUAAUUGUCUGGGUAUCAGGGAUUUUGCUGAAACUCACAACUGUGUUGACUUGAUGCAAGCAGCUGAGGUUUUUAGCCAGAAGCAUUUUCCUGAAGUGGUACAGCAUGAAGAAUUCAUUCUUCUAAAUCAAGGAGAGGUGGAGAAGCUAAUCAAGUGUGAUGAAAUUCAGGUGGAUUCUGAAGAGCCAGUCUUUGAGGCUGUUAUCAACUGGGUAAAGCAUGCCAAAAAGGAGCGCGAAGAGUCCUUGCCUGACUUGCUGCAAUAUGUGCGGAUGCCCCUGCUGACCCCCAGGUACAUUACAGAUGUGAUAGAUGCUGAGCCUUUCAUCCGCUGUAGUUUACAGUGCAGGGAUCUGGUUGACGAAGCAAAGAAGUUUCAUCUGAGGCCUGAACUUCGGAGUCAGAUGCAGGGCCCACGGACAAGGGCUCGUCUAGGAGCCAAUGAAGUGCUUCUGGUGGUUGGGGGCUUUGGAAGCCAGCAGUCUCCCAUCGAUGUGGUUGAGAAAUAUGACCCCAAGACUCAGGAGUGGAGCUUUUUGCCAAGCAUCACUCGAAAGAGACGUUACGUGGCCUCAGUGUCCCUGCAUGACCGGAUUUACGUAAUUGGUGGUUAUGAUGGCCGUUCCCGCCUCAGUUCAGUGGAAUGCCUGGACUACACUGCAGAUGAGGACGGGGUCUGGUAUUCUGUGGCCCCAAUGAAUGUCCGACGCGGCCUUGCAGGGGCUACCACCCUGGGAGAUAUGAUCUACGUCUCUGGAGGCUUUGAUGGAAGCAGGCGCCAUACCAGUAUGGAGCGAUAUGACCCAAACAUUGACCAGUGGAGUAUGCUGGGAGAUAUGCAGACAGCCCGAGAGGGUGCUGGACUAGUAGUGGCCAGUGGAGUGAUCUACUGUCUAGGAGGAUAUGAUGGCUUGAAUAUCUUAAAUUCAGUUGAGAAAUAUGAUCCCCACACAGGACACUGGACUAACGUUACACCAAUGGCCACCAAGCGUUCUGGUGCUGGAGUAGCCCUACUGAAUGACCAUAUUUAUGUGGUGGGGGGAUUUGAUGGUACAGCCCACCUUUCUUCUGUUGAAGCAUACAACAUUCGUACUGAUUCCUGGACAACUAUUACCAGUAUGACCACUCCACGGUGCUAUGUAGGAGCCACAGUGCUUCGGGGGAGACUCUAUGCAAUUGCAGGAUAUGAUGGCAAUUCCCUGUUGAGUAGCAUUGAAUGCUAUGACCCUAUCAUUGACAGCUGGGAAGUGGUGACAUCCAUGGGAACCCAGCGCUGUGAUGCUGGUGUGUGUGUUCUCCGAGAGAAGUGACCACUGUUGGAGCACCAUCCAGAGCUAGUGAAAAGUUCAAGGGACAGUUUGUGGGAGAAUCAAGGAUCCUUUCCAGAAUGUCUUAUUUUGCACUGUGUGCACAGGGUGAUUACAGGCACCAGUGCAGUGGUGAUUAUUCUUAUUUGAGACAUAUUCCUUCUCACACUGGUUAUGUCCCUCAGAAGGGUGGAUAACAAGAUACUGAACAGGAGAGAAUGAACAUUGAAUGAGUGUAAGGGACUGAAUCCUUCUCCAUCUGGUCUGAAGAGCACUCUCUUGUUGUUUCUAACUUCCCACAUGCUUGGGAAAAUAUGUGUAUGUUGUGCCUCACAUAUUGCAGAGAAUGACGUGUGGACAUUGUCCAACCUGGAAAAUUGGAAGGAUACCAGCUUAAGUAAGGUUGGUAACAUCCAAGUAUUUUUUUCUAGGAACAAAUACCUUUUCUAAUGUACAGGUAGGUAGGGGCACUACAGUUUCAUUCUGAAGGACGAGGAGGGAAACCCAUCAUCAUAACUUGGGCACCCAGAGGAGAGAUUCAUGUGAUACUCCCUUGCUGAUGGGGGACAGGGUUAGUAUAUCAGAACUGAAGUUAGAAUAAAUGACAUGAGCUGAAUUUGA